GAACAACGCGUCUGAGGCACGAACGUCGUUUGUACAAGUGCCGGGACCGCGAGGAUCAUGCAAGGACACCCGUGCUGGCACUUGACCGUCGUGAUAACAUGCAGUUUCGCCAUCAUCCUCGUGGCAGUAGUGUGGACCGUGAAGAAAACUAACGCGAAACGAAGAAAGUCCGAAACGAGUGAAACGAUGGAACAAGAAAUCAUCAACGAGAAUGUCAACAGCGAGGACGACGUGAGUCACGAGGAUGAGAACGAGGAGUGUCCGAGCGACGACGCGAUUUCCGAAUUACCAGAUCCGAAAUGGGUGAAGGUGGGUCAGAUUCAAGAACUAUACAUGUACCCAUUGAAGUCUGGACGUGGGAAGAACCUGAGGGAAUGCAGCUUCACCGAGUUUGGAAUUAGCUUGGAGAACGAGGGCAAAUUCACCCUUAAAGAUAGAAUGUUUCUAGUGUACAACGAGGAAACUGGUCGCUUCCAAACUGGCAGGCAAUAUCCAACCUUGAUCCUAGUGAGUUUGUCAACGGUGGAUGAGACCAAGGUGAAGUUGGAGGCUGUAGGGAUGCCUAGUGUGAUCUUCGAGGUUCCAAAUUGUUCAAAGAACGCUUCCGAAGCCGUUCAAUGCACCAUGUGGUGGGGGGAACCGGUUAAGUGUAUCGAUUGUGGCACAGAACCAGCUGAAUGGUUAUCAAGAUUUCUGACUGGAACAACUACUGGUCUUCGUUUGGGAUACACGAUGAUGGAUAGAAGAAACGUCUUUGUUCCGCCAUGGAAGAAAUUCACAGACGUGUACCAGAAGCUCAGAAACGAAGAUACGGGCUUGUUCAGUGACCUGGCCAGUUACAUGUUAAUGACCACGAAAUCUGUUGAGCAGCUGAAUGAAAAGUUGGAAAGACCAGUGCCUACACUACAAUUCCGUCCAAAUAUUUUGGUCUCCACCCAACAGCCAUUCGAGGAAGACAAGUGGGAGUGGAUAAAAAUCGGCGAACGGGUGGUCAUCAGAAACGUCAAACCGUGUUCACGGUGUAAACUAGUGGGUGUGAACCCAGAAAAUGGAGUGAUGGACAAGGAGGAGCCACUGAAGACCUUGAAAUCUUUCAGGGAGCAAACUGACCCAGACCGGAUCUCUCUCGAGGGAAAGGCGCCUACCAUGGGGAUAUAUUGUGGGUUGUAUGUUCCUGGAAUGGUGAAAAUCGGUGACGAAGUCUUCGUCCAUUCGUCCAAUGGCUCAUCUAUGGAAUUGAAUCGUCGAGAAGCAGCAAGCUAGAUAGAUAUAACAAAUUUUGAAACUUAACUCGCUUCCAAUGGCCUUCCUCUUUGAAAGUAGAUGGAGUUCAAUGUUAAUGUACGUUCACGUUCAGCGAACAAUGAAGAGAAAUAGUAUGUUGAAACGAGCAGUCAAUUGAACAAUAUUCAAAAGACUUCGAGACAAUAUUAUUGCGCGAUUUGUAUGAUUGAUUAUUGUUAAUUCGAAGCUAUUCAAUUGUUAUACACACAAGU